AUGGCUUCUUUGGUAUCAACACCAUUUACUCUACCAAAUUCUAAAGCUGUUCAACUUUCUUCACUUUCUCAAAAGCACCUCUUUCUUCAUUCUUUCCUUCCAAAGAAAACCAAUUACUAUGGUGCCUCAAAAGCCUCCUUAAGAGUGAAAUGCAAUGCAGUUGGUAACGGGUUGUUCACUCAAACAACCCAAGAAGUUCGUAGAAUAGUUCCAGAGAAUAAGCAAAAUUUACCUACUGUGAAAAUUGUGUAUGUUGUUCUUGAAGCUCAGUACCAAUCAUCAGUCUCUGCAGCUGUUAGAGCACUCAACACCAACCAGAAAGAUGCUUCUUUUGAAGUUGUCGGUUACUUAGUCGAAGAGCUUCGCGACGUAUCCACAUACAAAAGUUUUGAAAAGGAUUUAGAAGAUGCUAAUAUCUUCAUUGGUUCUUUGAUCUUUGUUGAAGAGCUUGCACUCAAAGUGAAGACUGCUGUUGAGAAGGAAAGGGACAGACUUGAUGCAGUUUUGGUGUUUCCAUCAAUGCCUGAAGUGAUGAGAUUGAACAAAUUGGGAUCUUUCAGCAUGUCACAGCUUGGACAAUCAAAGAGUCCUUUUUUUCAGCUUUUCAAGAAGAAGAAUACUUCUUCUGCAGGAUUUGCUGAUAGCAUGUUGAAGCUUGUGAGAACUUUACCUAAGGUUUUGAAGUAUUUGCCAAGUGAUAAAGCUCAAGAUGCUAGGCUGUAUAUACUGAGUCUUCAGUUUUGGCUUGGUGGAUCACCUGAUAAUUUGCAGAAUUUCUUCAAGAUGAUUUCUGGUUCUUACGUUCCUGCAUUGAAAGGUGCAAAGAUGGAGUAUUCAGAGCCAGUUUUGUUUUUAGAUAAUGGAAUUUGGCACCCUUUAGCACCUUGUAUGUAUGAUGAUGUGAAAGAGUAUUUGAAUUGGUAUGGAACUAGAAGGGAUGCUAAUGAGAAGCUAAAGAGCUCAAGUGCACCUAUUGUUGGUUUGAUUUUGCAAAGGAGUCAUAUUGUUACUGGUGAUGAUGGUCAUUAUGUUGCUGUGAUUAUGGAACUUGAGGCUAAAGGUGCUAAGGUUAUUCCGAUUUUCGCUGGAGGGUUGGACUUUUCGGGGCCGGUUGAGAAGUUCUUGAUUGAUCCUAUUACUAAGAAACCUUUUGUGAAUUCUGUGAUAUCUCUCACUGGCUUUGCUCUUGUUGGAGGACCUGCUAGGCAAGAUCAUCCGAGGGCUAUUGAAGCUUUGAUGAAGCUUGAUGUUCCUUAUAUUGUCGCAUUGCCGCUGGUUUUCCAGACAACGGAAGAGUGGUUGAAUAGUACUUUGGGUUUGCAUCCAAUUCAGGUUGCUCUUCAAGUUGCAUUGCCUGAGCUAGAUGGAGGAAUGGAACCAAUAGUUUUCUCCGGUCGAGAUCCCAAAACAGGAAAAUCUCAUGCUCUUCACAAGAGAGUGGAGCAGCUUUGCACCAGGGCAAUCAGAUGGGCUGAAUUGAAAAGAAAAACAAAGGAAGAGAAGAGACUAGCGAUCACCGUCUUCAGUUUCCCACCAGACAAAGGAAAUGUAGGAACUGCUGCCUACCUGAACGUUUUCUCCUCCAUUUUCUCGGUUCUAAAAGAACUUGAAAGUGAUGGUUACAAUGUUGAGGGUCUUCCAGAGACUUCAGAAGCAUUGAUUGAAGAUAUAUUGCACGACAAAGAAGCGCAAUUCAGCAGCCCAAACCUCAACAUUGCUUACAAAAUGAAUGUCCGCGAAUACCAAAGUCUCACUCCCUAUUCCGCAGCAUUAGAAGAAAAUUGGGGAAAGGCUCCUGGGAAUUUGAAUGCAGACGGAGAGAAUCUAUUGGUAUAUGGAAAACAAUAUGGUAAUGUAUUCAUUGGUGUUCAACCUACAUUUGGGUAUGAAGGUGAUCCUAUGCGGUUGCUUUUCUCCAAAUCCGCCAGCCCUCAUCAUGGUUUUGCAGCAUAUUACUCUUUCAUUGAGAAAAUUUUCAAAGCUGAUGCUGUUCUUCACUUUGGUACACACGGUUCCCUUGAAUUCAUGCCUGGAAAGCAGGUAGGAAUGAGUGAUGUAUGCUACCCCGACAGUCUUAUUGGGAAUAUUCCCAACAUCUAUUACUAUGCUGCAAACAAUCCUUCUGAAGCUACCAUAGCCAAACGCCGGAGCUACGCCAAUACUAUUAGCUAUCUGACUCCUCCUGCAGAAAAUGCAGGACUGUACAAAGGUCUUAAGCAGUUAAGUGAGCUCAUCGCCUCGUACCAGUCCCUCAAAGACACCGGCCGCGGACAACAAAUUGUGAGUUCGAUUAUCAGCACAGCUAAACAAUGUAAUCUUGACAAGGAUGUGGAUUUGCCGGAAGAGGGCGUGGAGCUCCCAACCAAAGAGCGUGAUCUUGUUGUCGGGAAAGUGUAUGCGAAGAUCAUGGAGAUUGAGUCCCGCCUUUUGCCUUGUGGACUCCAUGUCAUUGGUGAGCCACCCACAGCUAUGGAAGCAAUUGCUACAUUGGUGAACAUAGCUGCACUUGAUCGUGCCGAAGAAGGUAUUUCUGCCCUCCCUUCUAUACUAGCUGAGAGUGUAGGAAGAAACAUAGAGGAAAUUUAUAGAUCGAGUGACAAAGGAAUAUUAAAGGAUGUAGAGCUUCUUAAGCAAAUAACUGAAGCAUCACGCGGAGCAGUUACUUCCUUUGUGGAGCGCACUACUAAUAAGAAAGGUCAAGUUGUUGAUGUAUCUAACAAACUUACCUCAAUUCUUGGAUUUGGCAUAAAUGAACCAUGGAUUCAGUACUUGUCGGACACCAAAUUUUACCGAGCUGAUAGGGAAAAGCUUAGAACUUUGUUUGGGUUUAUGGGUGAAUGUUUGAGGUUGAUUGUAGCUGAUAAUGAAGUAGGAAGUUUAAAACAAGCCUUGGAAGGUAAAUAUGUAGAGCCAGGACCUGGAGGUGACCCCAUCAGAAACCCUAAAGUUUUACCAACAGGAAAGAAUAUUCAUGCUCUUGAUCCACAGUCUAUUCCUACUACAGCAGCGAUGCAGAGUGCCAAAAUAGUUGUAGAGAGAUUGCUCGAAAGGCAAAAAAUUGAUAAUGGGGGAAAGUAUCCUGAGACGGUUGCACUUGUACUGUGGGGAACAGAUAAUAUUAAGACAUACGGAGAAUCACUGGCUCAGGUUCUGUGGAUGAUUGGUGUGAAUCCAAUAUCCGAUGGACUCGGAAGGGUCAACCGUGUAGAACCUGUAAGUCUUGAAGAGCUUGGAAGGCCUAGGGUUGAUGUCGUCGUUAAUUGCUCUGGAGUAUUCAGAGACCUUUUCAUCAAUCAGAUGAAUCUUCUGGAUAGAGCAGUGAAGAUGGUUGCAGAAUUAGACGAACCAGCAGAGCAGAACUAUGUAAGGAAGCAUGCAUUAGAACAAGCUGAAGCCCUUGGGGUUGAAGUUCGAGAAGCAGCAACAAGGAUCUUCUCCAAUGCAUCAGGAUCCUACUCCUCAAACAUAAACCUGGCUGUGGAGAAUUCUUCAUGGAAUGAUGAGAAACAGCUCCAGGACAUGUACCUUAGCAGAAAGUCUUUUGCUUUUGAUUGUGAUGCCCCUGGUGUCGGCAUGACUGAAAAAAGACAAGUCUUUGAGAUGGCUCUCAGCACAGCAGACGCCACGUUCCAAAACCUCGACUCGUCGGAAAUCUCCCUCACCGAUGUCAGUCAUUACUUUGACUCAGACCCAACUAACCUUGUUCAGAAUCUAAGGAAAGAUGGGAAGAAGCCAAGUGCAUACAUUGCUGAUACUACCACGGCUAAUGCCCAGGUGCGUACCCUAUCCGAGACAGUUCGACUUGAUGCAAGAACCAAGCUAUUGAACCCAAAGUGGUAUGAAGGCAUGUUAUCAAGUGGUUACGAAGGUGUUCGUGAGAUCGAGAAGAGGCUUACCAACACAGUUGGAUGGAGUGCUACGUCUGGACAAGUUGACAACUGGGUGUAUGAAGAAGCCAACACAACAUUCAUUCAAGAUGAGGAAAUGUUGAAGAAGCUGAUGAGCACAAAUCCCAACUCCUUUAGGAAGCUUGUGCAGACGUUCUUGGAAGCCAAUGGACGCGGUUACUGGGAAACUGAAGAAGAAAACAUUGAGAAGCUGAGACAGUUGUACCAAGAAGUGGAAGAUAAAAUCGAAGGCAUUGACCGUUGA